AGUUUAGCCAACAAGCAAGCUAAAGAGAAAAAAAACGAAGGAUGGCUCUUUGGGUGGAUAAACAUCGCCCGCGAGAUCUCUCCAAGCUCGAUUACCACACAACGCAAGCUGAACAAUUGAGGAAUCUCCUGAAGCAAGGAGAUUUCCCGCAUUUGAUGUUCUACGGCCCAUCCGGAGCAGGUAAAAAAACUCGUAUUAUGUGCCUCCUCCGGGAACUCUAUGGGGUCGGCGUGGAGCGUCUCCGGCACGAAACCAUGGUCUUCACUACACCAUCAAACAGGAAAGUGGAAAUUAUGACAGUGGGCAGCAACUAUCAUCUGGAAGUGAAUCCAUCGGAUGCAGGAAUUUAUGAUCGGGUUGUGAUUGUGGAUCUCAUAAAACAAGUCGCACAGACACAUCAAAUUGAUCCCAGUGGACAGCGAGAAUUCAAGGUGAUUGUCCUCUCGGAAGUGGAUCACAUCACCAAGGAUGCUCAGCAUGCACUCAGGCGGACAAUGGAGAAGUACAGUAACACCUGCAGGAUCAUCAUGAGUGUCAAUUCCACAUCGAGAGUCAUUCCGGCCAUCCGGAGUCGAUGCUUGGGUAUCCGAGUAGCUGCUCCCACGCAUGAGGAAAUAGUCAAUGUUCUCGUUGGAACGUGCAAGAAGGAAAGUCUGCAGCCAUCGCGAGAACUGUGCCAGAGGAUCGCUGAGCAGUCCAAUAGAAAUCUCAGGCGGGCCAUUCUCAUGCUUGAAGCCUGCAAAACGCAACAGUACCCCUUCACGGCAAAUCAAAAGAUCACCGAACUCGAUUGGCAGGUUUAUUUGCGCGAAACAGCCAAUGAGAUCAUCCUGGAGCAGACACCGAGUCGCCUUCAUUCCGUCCGGGAGCGCCUCUACGAACUCCUGGCACAGGGCAUUCCACCAAAUAUCAUUUUCCGAGGACUCGUGGAGAAUCUCGUGCUGAAAUGCGAUAUGACUCUCAAGGCGGAAACCAUCAAAUAUGCGGCUAAUUAUGAGCAUCGCAUGCAAAUUGGCAGCAAGCACAUCUUUCAUCUGGAAGCUUUUGUGGCGCGCUUCAUGGCUAUCUACAAGAAGCACCUCGAGGGAAUUAUUAUGGAUGAAUUUUAAUCUUAUUUUAUCUGUAUUUUCAUUCAUGCCCAGGAAAAUCUAUAAAAUAAAGAAAAGAUUUUGCAUUUCUA